CGCAUAUUUUGUAACACCUGCACAUGUUUGUGUCUUGUCUGUUUUGGUCUGGUCGUGGUUUUCAAGUUUUAUACAUUUCCCAAUUCGCAUAAUUUAAAAAAUGGAAAGCAAGACAGCGUCGAUUUCGGGAUCAAAAAAGAUUUCACUAAAACCAAAAAAUGUGAGAUCUUCAGCUUAUGUUAAACGAUUAAAGGUUGCACUAACCAAACAAAAGGUAAAUUCUAAUUCUGCUCACCAAAGAACACCACUUUCAGCUCCUCAAAGAAAAACUAAAGAGAGAGCAUCGAUUGCUAGUGAUGCAAGACAAAGAUUGGAAUCUGCACGGUUCAGGUAUCUGAAUGAAGAGCUGUAUACCAAAAGUAGUAGUGAAGCAUGGGAACUUUUCCAAGAAGACCCCCAAUCAUUUGAUAUAUACCACAAGGGGUUUAAGAACCAGGUUUUGAAAUGGCCAGUCAACCCAUUGGAUAUCAUCAUCACUGAUCUUAUGAAAGGUCCUAGAAACUGGGUGAUAGCUGAUUUUGGUUGUGGUGAAGCUCAGAUAGCAAACACCAUUCCUAAUAAAGUUCACUCUUUUGACCUUGUAGCAGCAAAUGACAAAGUUACUGCUUGUGACAUGGCUUCUGUUCCUUUGGCAACCAAAGCUGUUGAUGUGGUGGUAUUCUGCUUAUCUCUCAUGGGUUCCAACAUACAUGACUUUUUAAAGGAAGCUAAUCGAGUUCUUAAAAUUGGUGGAACUCUGUAUGUAGCUGAAGUUGAAAGCAGAUGUAGCAACAUUAAUGAUUUCUUGAAAACAAUUGAACGUUUUGGAUUCCAACUCAAAGAAAAUAACGUUCAAAAAUACUUUUUUCUCGCAAAGUUUAGCAAGAUUCAAAACAUGAGUCCCAAAGCAACUAUGCCAAGAAUAUAUUUGAAACCUUGUCUGUACAAAAAACGAUGAAUAGAAAAGUACACAUAAAUGUUGAACAUCAUAA